UCCGAUAUUGGCAAUGCACAACAUGUCCGUCAGCUAACCACGAGAUUAGCGGUAUUGCUUGUUUUUGUUUAAUAUGUGAUUUAUUUUUAACGUAAUUAUUUAAAUUGUGUGUCAAAAACAUUAUACGUUUCCUUUUUAUUAUUAUUCUUGAGUGUAGUGUGUGUUUUAUUACCGUUAAACGGUUUUUUAUCCUUAAAAAUUACUUGAGGCUGUAUUGUCUAUAAAAAAAAAUAAGAAGAACAAAGGAAUACGAAUAUUUAUCCCAUCAUAAUCUAAGUGCACACGUUUUUUAUAUUAAACUUGUAUUUUAUUAAUGGCUAUAUUUGAAGCUAUUUAUAUUUAGUUUUACACUCGUUUCAAAGUGGAUAUCAUACGAUAUGUUCAAGGUGAGGACUGUAUCGCUGGGGAGUAUUAUAACAUUUUCGACAGCCGUCUUAUACCUCGGUUAUCUUUGGUACAAGCGCAAGAGGGUUUUGUCACAUCGCCUGAGUGACGAUAAGAAAUCAGGUUCUGAAUCUCCAGAACUUACAAAAAUUGACGAUAAAGAAUUAAUAAAGGCAUUGGAAAAAGCCUCUCGUACUCUAGAAUUAUCAACACAAAUUGUCGAAGAAGAUUUUGGUGUAGAAUAUUUAGCUCAUGAAGAAAUCAUGGAGCCUGCUGUAAAUCUAGUUGAAAUUAAAGAAGUGGAAAACUGUUGUAGCCCAGUUCGACAAGAAAUGAACACAAUUUUAAACUUACAAGUGUGCAUAGAGUCAAACCUUAAAAUGAAUAAUGAAGUUGAAUCCUUAACGACGGACUUUAAUAAUAUAAAUUUAAAUUCAGGUUCAAAUAAGUCAGUAGAAAGUAAUGUACAACCUCUAAAUAACCAACAACUUGAAUUACCUAGUGAUGAAAAAGAAUGUUGGAUUGAGAUGGUUGAGAAAGAAGAUCGUUGUGAAUGUCCUAAAGCUAGUGUAGCUAAGAAAGGAAAAAAAGAUGAAGAACCAAUGUUAUUUGAAGGUUUAAAAUUCAAAGGAAAAAAAAAAAGAAACCGUAAGAAGAAGCAAACAAAGGAUACUAUUAAAUUAUCUACUGAAUCACUAAAAAACAAACCAAACAGUAUGAAACCAGCCAAAAAAAAUACUAUAUUAGUAGUUGAAGAAGAUUGUGAUUCAGCUCAUAGUGUAGAUCAUAGUAUUGACACCAAUGAUGCCCCAAAUACAAUUUAUUCAGAUAUAAGAAGCGAGGGCUCACAAGACAGUGGUAAAGGUGGAAGUUCUAUAUCUGGCGAGUUAAGAACAAUAUCAGAUUCUGACGAGCAAAUUAGUUAUGAUUUUAUGGUUCCAAUUGAUUUAGUUGGUCCUAUUAUUGGAAAAAAAGGGGCAUUUGUUAAAUAUAUUAAAGAAAAGAGUAAUGUUAGGCUUUUUGUUGAAAACAAAACGCAAAGUCCUGAAGAUAAAUACAAGAUGUGUACUUUGAUUGGUUCUGAAAUAAAUAUAAAUAAAGCAUUAAAAUUAAUAAGAAAUAAGUUUCCAGAAAGAGCAUAUCCAGAGUUUACAUUGGAAUGCGUAACUCCAAUUAUGAUGGAACCUCUAAUUUCUCAACUCUUUAAAUCGGAACUAAUUGAAGGAGUUAAUAAUCAUGUGAUAAUCACGGAUGUUGUUGCACCAAAUCAUUUCUUUGUACACAAUGCAUCCAGUCCAGACUAUGCUUUACUCUCAUCAUUGAAUUUUGCAAUGAAUGAUACAUAUGGCAGUAGUAAAGAAGAAAUACCUGAUGUAGAUCUAAGCACAGUUACUCAUGGUUCUGUAGUAGCUACAUAUAGUGAGGGUAAUUGGUAUCGAGCUCAAGUGAUGGAUGUAGAUGAAAAGAAGUAUGAAUCUGCAAAUGUGUUCUUUUUAGAUUAUGGUGGUUGCAAAAAAAUUGACCAAUGUGAUAUGAGGCCAAUGCAUGACUCUUUAAUAACUUUAAGUUUCCAAGCAAUUGAAUGUAGUUUAGCUAAUAUUACUCCAGCUUAUGGUGAAUGGUGUGAAGAAUCCCUUAAAAUAUUUGAAGAUUUAACCUCUGGUAAAAUGCUAUUUGCCCAAGUCAUUUACAAGUCUGAUAGUGUACAAUAUGUUAACCUAUUGGCAUUUGAUGGAUUAACAACAUUAUCUGUGAACGAUGAACUGAUUAAGUGUGGAUUUGCUGUAUAUAUGCCAAAUGGUAUUUACCAAAGUCAAACUGUUAAACCAGCUAUUGAGCUUGAAAUCACGUGUGCAUCUACUUAGACUCAUUUGGUUUAUGGCUUGAUUAAUUUUAUUUUCUGACUGUUGUGUUAAUUUAAUUUUCAUUCAUUGUCUUAACAAUUUUUUUUCCAUCUGAAAAUUUUCAUUUUAACUCAUUGAGGUAUAUUAUAUUUUUGGACUGUUGAAACACUCAUUUUUUUAUAUUAAAUUAGUAUUUUUUAUUUAUUUACUUUUGAAAACUGCUAAUAUAAUAAUUUAAUUAUUUAUAAGAUAUUUAAUUUUGACUUGAUAUAAUAUAUUAAUAAAUCAACAAUUUAUUUGUUUUCCUUAAUUUCAAGUACCAAAUUUUAUAAAUUAAAGAAAAAUAUUUUAAAAAUCAUUGCAUAUAUAACUUUUUAUUAACUAUUUUUUAAAUAUUUUAAAUACUUUUGGUCUGUUUGUAUAUUAUAUUUAAUUUUAAAAAGUACAAAAUGACAAAAAAAGUAUACAGUUAAUAAUUUAAUUUCUACAAUGAAUGAAUUGUAUUGUUUUGCAUUUUUAGUUUAAUAAUUAUAAGUUGAAAAUAAAAAAAUGUUAAAAUUUGUUUUUUGAUCUUCGUCAACUGUAUUUUAGUAGAAUUAAGAUAUUUUAAAAAGAGAAAAUCUUUUAAAACUGUAUGUUAUAUAUUUUAUAUAUAGGAUUAUGUAAUUACUUUAAUUAAAAUUGUCUUUGUAGAAUGUCAGUAGCUCACAAUAAUGUUUUAUUAGAAGUAUUAUCAUCUCAAUAUGGUUUCAAUUAAUGUAAAAGAUAUGUUACAUUCAAGUUUUUAUAAUAAGAAAGUGAUGAACCUUAAACAAACUUGUAAUGUAAUUUUGUAAUUUUAGUUUUAUAUAUACUAUUUUAUUUUUAAAUUAUAAAUGAAUAUCAAAUUAUAUAUAUAUUAUUUAUAAUAAAAAUAAAUAUUGUUAUCUAUUAA